UACUGAUUUGUUUUUAGCUGUACGAUUUUAAACAUUAAUUUUUUUCAAUUUAUCGGGCCAAAUAGUAAUAAGAUCUACUUAAAUAAGCAAUUACAUACUUAUUAAUAGAUUUAUAUGUAAACAGUAUAUUUAAUGUUGAAGUUUAUUCAGAUACAAUUAAAAAUAUAUAACCUCCAAGUUACGAAAAUUUAAUUUUAUCGUAAUAUUUUACACAGGAGACAAUAAUGGCAGAUAUUCUCAUUUUGGAUUGGAUGGAAGAAUUCGAGUCUUUGACUGAAAGUGAAAUACACACAUAUUCAUCAGAACAAGAACAUAAUCAUGAAGUAAUGGUAGCACUUUACGAUAUCUUGACAGAGCCUUACAGAUAUAAAGGACAAAAUCUAAUUGAUGGAAUUUGCCAACAACUAUUAGAUUUUUAUAGAUCUGGUGAAGAACAGUUAAAGAGAUUUGCACUUCAAUACAUACCAACAUUAGUGUUUUUGCAUUUAACAGAUAAGUCAUACACAUCUAUCCAGGCCCUUUUAGUUAGUUUAUAUAAUCUGGAGGUGAUAGAUUCAAAAGGUCAGCCACGGACAAUAUCAUUUAGAGUUCCAAGUAUAGCUCAGUCAUCAAUAUACCAUGAUUCAAGCAAUUUGGAACCAGCAUUUAUAGCAGAAAAUUCUCUGAGAAGGUGGGAAGAAUGUAACAGUAAAUUAGUUAGUUGGGGACCUCUGCCACAAGUUGAAUGUUUAAAUGCUCAGAAUCGUCAACGUGUUAUCACCGCACUUGUGUUCUUAUAUAAUCAACAGUUAGCUAGUGUUAUUACCCAGGGUAUAGAACAUACUUGUAGGGGAAUAUCUAGAUUAGUUUCACAAGGAUUUUCUUCCAGUGGUAGUGCAAGAAGUUCGAUAAAUAGUGACUGUAGUUUUAAUCAAGGUGUUGUCCCUCGCAUCCCAGUAUCUAGUCCAUUACUUUUAGAGUUUCUCCAUACAGUAUAUCAUGCCGCUGAAAAAGGUGCUGCUGGGGCUGUCCAAGCUCUUCAUGAUAUUAUUCAACGUGCAAAUUAUGAAACGUACGCAGAAGUACUAUUAGCUGCAAAUGCAGUAAAGAAUCUUAUUCAACAUUCCCCUUCAGUGUCUGUGACCCCCAGGCCAUCUCAGAGUCGUAGUAUUUCAAAAUCUAUGAUAACAAAUGCCUCAUUUAGAACAAAGAAAUUGCCUGAUGAUAUACCAAUCCAGGAUGAGCAUCAAACAGAAGUACCUUUAGAUUCUAUAACAGAGGAACAAGAAGAGGCUGAUAAAAGCAAGUCAAGAGGUUCUGUUAGUGCAUUAAAGCACUUACCAAAACUGCCAGGUUUGGGGAAAAAACAUAAAACAAAGAAUCCUCAAGGACAAGAUCAACAAGUUGAGUUGCAAAAUAUUGCGGGAGAACCACCAGUUGAGUCACCUCCAACAGACUUUAAUCAUGCUGUACAUGUCAGUGCUGUUUAAAUGGGAAAAAUACUAUGGCCGAUUUAGAAUAUUUUAAAUGAUUUAUUUUUUCUAACAAGGUAUACAAUGAAGUUAACAUAGGUGUUGUGUAGCACUAGGCUCUACUAAUCAUCCAAAUAUAUUUUUUAAAUUAGUAAUUAGUAAUCAGGUAUUUGGGCCUGCAAUAAGUUAUGACUGGAGAGUUCUGCAUUUUAGAAAUAUUUUGGAUGCACAAUGACAAAUUAUGACAUUAGCAUUUUAGUGAGCAAUUGCAAAUUACUUUCAACACUUUUAUGGGAAUUUGGGUAAGGUGAAAGCUACCCCGUUGUUUUACCAUUACGUUAUUAAUUAAUAUUAAUCGAAUAAUGGGUUUGUUGUUGUACUGUUACUGUUAUUAUUACUAUUAAGUCAUCAAGUUUUAAGAAAAAGUAAUUGAUGGGACUGGUUAAUUAUAUUUUGUAUUGAAGUGUUUUUGUUUAAUGUUUAUAUUAAUUUAAUAUUAAACCAGAUCUGCAGCAUUAAAAAAUUGCAAGUAAUGUUAGUCACGUAAAUUCAGGUUUCCAAGUAUUUUUAAUUGUUAUGGUUUCACAUACAAAAGUGUUUUACUCCUAGGUUUUAUCAUGUUACUGACAUGUGGGUGUAGAUUUCAUUAAAAUUCGAAUUUUACAUUUACAAUAUGACUACGUUAGAAUACAUUUAUUUAUCAAAGAUCAACCAAGCACAAUUGCUAUAAUUAAUUGACGCAGUUUGGUUAGCGACUGUGAAAUUUAAUGGAAUGUAGUUGCAUAAGAACAUUGUCAGACCAAUUAUUUUAAUAGUAACAUUAGAAUAAAACCGUCGGUUGUGGAACUAAGCAGUAAUAGUUUUAUUUAUAUAUUUUAAAGAUGGUGAAACAAUUAGUUCUUUCCUUACAUACUUUGAAAAUUGACAAAUUUAGUAAUUACAGAUUUAAAUAGAGAAUUUGCAGUUACCUGUCAAUUAGUACACAAGCGCGUCACUAAAAACAUAUGUUACACGGAAAUUCAACAAAUGUUAAUUUAAGUAAAAAUUACAAUAAAAUGAGUCUGAUAUUUUAUUUGUAAUUUCAAGUGUGUAUCAACUGGGUAUGGUUUCAGUAUUUUUUAAAUGUGCAUCAAAUAAAAUAAUUAUUAACAGUUAAUAACAAGGAAACAUUUGAUUUGUAAAAAUCGAUUGUUUAUAUUAAAACUGGUAUGAAUGUUCAGAAGUUUUUUUUUGUAAUUUUGAGUUAACUACACAACAGUUCUAACAUCUAAUUAAUGUUACUUCAAAUGAAACCAUAUAUUGUAGGCUUGUUCAGAGUGUACGUUGCUGAAUGAUAAGGCCAUGUUUUAUUUCAUACUAUAAAUAAUCCGUUAUAAAUCUUCAGGAUGUAAGUUGAAGUGUCUUUCUCAUUUAAUAUACCUACAGUGCCAAAUUUUUUUAAAUACUAAUCAUACUCAGUUCCUAAAGAAUCCAAACCGUUUUUGAUGGAACGUAUUUUCUUUGUGUCAGUAGUACAGUGGUACAGUAAUACUAGCGAAUACAAAAAAAAAUACUUACUAGUUGUGUCCAACUAUAAGAUUUGAUAAUUCAAAAAGUAAGCAGCAACUUAAUAUUCUAAAUACAUUAAGUAUGUUACUUAUUCAGUUUUCUUUAAUAAGGAUUUACAUAUUUGCUAUUUAAAAUGAAAAUUUGUAAUCUUAUGGAUAUCAGGGCUUCUGAUUAAAAUGCUUAGUUAAUUACUGACUCUCUUGUAAUUUAAAGGGGAAGUCUUACUAAACAUAAACGUUAUUUGAAUUUUUGUAACUUUAUUGAGUAAUAAGAAAUACAACAUUAAAUAAUUUUAACACAGGUGUUAUUUUUCUCACUUUUUAACAUGCCUUUUAGUUAGAAGCUUUUGAAUAUAACUUGAAUUUUAACUGUAAAUGUUGUAUUGUUAUAAUAUAUCAAUGUUAGGUCAUGGGCGAGAUCUGUUGUAUCGUUGAAUAAAACAGCCUUUAAAGGAA